GGAGCUGUUUCCAGUUUGGGUGGGAAACCUGAAUUUCCCAGUAACCGACUCCAUGCUUGCAAACCUGUUUAACAAGGUCGGGGUCGUCUAUAGCGUCAAGGUUUUGACUGCCAAACGAUGUGCCUUUGUUAACUAUACAAAACAAGAACACUGUGAUGAAGCAAUCCGACGUUUUCAUGGCUUUGAGCUGAAUCACAACAAGCUCGCUGUCAGGUAUCCGGACAGGAUUCCUGCAGGCUUGGGUAUUUCCAGAUCUGCCCUGAGAGCUGAUGACCUGCCAGAUUAGAACGUGAGGCAUAACGAGAACAGCCAAAGGACAGUACGUCCUUAGAAACCCAUCCCCGACCACAGAGGGGACUACUGAAUGAAGACCCAGCUGCUACUUGGCCUGAAUGUUAUUUUCAAUAAAUACUUCUCGUCCAGUACAGACUAAUCAACAGUAUCUACAGGUUCUCCUGAUGUAAUAGCUUUAUGUAAAAUUACCUAGUAAGUUAUAUCUGAAAAUAUUGUGUUAUUGUAAGGUGAUGAAUCCAGAUGUUAACAAAAGCUUCAUGUUGCCAAAAUUUUCAGUCUGACAAUUACAUGGAAGGGUUGGGUAUGUAUUUUAAAUGUUAGUAUUCAGAAAAAAACAGUAUAUAAUUUACAUAUUUGUUUAUUUAAAGUCUGCGGAUUAGUCUAAGACUGCAGAGCAGGCUUACAGCUAAGCACACCAGUCUGUUUGAGUAAAUUUGAGUGUUAAUUAAAAAGUUGUUCCGUGGACAAUUUUUGAGUGAUGCAAGUAACAUUGGUCAUCAAAUGGUCAUCCAUAAUUCUUAUUAUACAUUUACUAUAAGCUUAAUACAGCUGUAUAACACAAGCAUUAUGCGGUUUCAGUGCUCCUAGUUUAUUUUUACCUGAAACGUGUCUUAAAUGAAAAACCUCAAGGGUUGAAAUGCCAUUGCACAUUUCUUUUUUUAAAAUAUAUAAGUCCUCAAAUUGU